UCUGGCUUCCUAUAUAAACCGCCAAGAAAAGGAAAUCCACCAACCCUAAAACUUCAGAUAUCUUCUACCGCAAGAGGCAGCCACCGCCAUUCUUUUACAUUUCAUCGACGCAGUCGUCCUUUCUCAUCGUCCGUAACCAUGCCUCGUCGGAGCUCUGGGGGACGAUCUGCUUCCCGUCCCGCCCCUCGUGCUCCACUGCGCAAUCCUCCGGCCCCCGCUAGUUCUGCUCCUCCACCCGCACCUGUACAAGGCGGUGGUGGUGGGUCUAUGCUGGGAGGUCUCGGUGCCACUAUUGCUCAAGGUAUGGCCUUUGGUACUGGAAGUGCUGUGGCUCACAGGGCUGUCGAUGCUGUAAUGGGUCCUCGGACCAUCCAGCACGAGACCAUCGAUUCAUCAACUUCUUCAGCACCUUCAGUAGCAAACAAUCCUGGAGGUUCUGAUGCUUGUACCGUUCAGUCAAAGUCCUUUCAAGAUUGCCUGAACCACUAUGGAAGUGACAUUAGCAAGUGCCAAUUCUACUUGGAUAUGUUGCAGGAAUGCCGCAGGAGCUCAGGUUCUGUUUUGGGUGCUUAAAAGAAUUGAUUUUUAGAACCUUCAUUAUGUAUUCUCGCUUUGCUCCAAUUGGAUGACCGCAAUGAGCGGUGUCAAGAUUAUUAUGUGUUUUGACAGUGUUUUCAUUUUACGACCUACUUUUACAACUUCUAAUUUAAUAAAAGGUGUUGAAUGAUGGAAACUUCAUCGUUUGGACUCUA